AAUUGGGCCUUGAAUAUGGGCCUUGAAUAUGGGCCAAUGGGUUAUGAGUACUGCAGUAAGGGGAAGAGAGUAGAUACUUGCGGAAACCCUAGUUGGCCCGCUUCGUUACGUUACACUAUCUCUAUAAGAACCCAGAGACUGAUAUUGCAGAACCUGCUUCUGCCGAGCUUAUCGAAGAAGAGAGGAGAGGAAGGAGGAGGCAUCUUCAUUACCAAGAUGGUUAAAGGACGCCAAGGAGAACGUGUCAGACUUUAUGUCAGGGGCUCAAUUCUUGGAUACAAGAGGUCCAAGUCAAAUCAGUACCCAAAUACUUCUCUCAUCCAGAUUGAGAAUGUAAACUCCAAGGAAGAAGUUGCGUGGUACGCUGGGAAGCGUAUGGCUUAUAUUUACAAGGCCAAGGUAAAGAAGAACGGAAGCCACUAUCGUUGCAUUUGGGGUAAGGUCACCCGACCUCAUGGUAACAGUGGUGUCGUUAGAGCUAAGUUCAAGUCUAAUCUGCCUCCAAGAUCGAUGGGAGCAAGGGUUAGAGUGUUUAUGUAUCCAAGCAAUAUAUGAGGAUAUGUUGGACGUGGUGCUUGUAUGCGAGUUAAUUUUGUGUUUUUUGGUAGCUCAUGAACAGAAUAGUAUGUCGUUUAGGAUGACGAAUGAAUCGUAUGUUUUUUUCUUCGUCAAUAAGGAUUUCUAGUCUCAAUUUUAUAAAUGGAUUUUUUUACUUGACUGUUUCACAAAGUCAGUUUCGCUUCCCCUCGAAAUCUAGAAUUCAAAACUUAAAAAUGA